AUGCAUCGUCGCCCAAUCUUGAAGCUCUCACAUCGGGCUGGAUGGUCGGGUUCAACCGGCCUAAAACCCUCAUUAACAGCUUUAUCCAUUCGACGGACGUUAAGACUAUCCGCGAGCUGUUUAAAAACGUCAGAUUCGUCGAACGGAAACGAUAACGAUGCUACUUCAAGUUCCGCGCCAGCGAAGCCAAAGUUUGGGAGCCGAUGGGCUCCCAAAGCAGCUACUAAGCCCGCGGGUUUAAGUGCCGCAGAGCAAGCUAUGCGCAAUAGUAUCGUCGCCAACAAUCCACCGCCAUCAUCGCAGCCCGAACAACAAACGGAACCUCACUUGCGGCGCCGACAAAACGAUCGAUCAAACCGGACUCAGAAUUCGAGGUCGAGACGCGAUGGAGACACCCCGCGCCUGCGAUCAAGUCCGAAGUCAUCAGGAUUAAACGCGGAGGAGCAAAAAGUGCGCGAUGUUUUUGGCACCAGUAACGAAACACCUCAGCAGCGAGACCCUCCUCGAUCUAAUGUCUUUGGGGCUCCCCGAUUUGGCCCUCGGACGACUUCGAAGCCAGCAGGCUUGAGUACCGCAGAGCAGGCUAUGCGUAAUGCUCUAGUAAAGGAGCACACUAGACCACCACCGCCAUCUCCGGAGUCCCGACAACCGCGACGAUUCGAUCGAUCAAACCCAUCCCAGAACUCUAGGUCAAGACGUGAUCGCGAUGCGGAUAUCUGGGGCAAUCGGCCUUCUACGGACGUCUCAGGCUCACAGCCCUCGGAAGCAAUGCCAUUUGGACGAGAGCGGUGGCAUGAUGGAGCCCUGGGUAGGACUAAUAGGAGCAAGCCUGCUCUUGACUGGAACUGUCCUAGUUGUAUGGCGCAUGUCCAUGGCACGAAGAUGACAUGUCCAUUCUGCCAUGUGCCUCGCCCGGGUGGCCUUAAAGAAAGAUUCCCAUCCACUAGAAACUACGAUAUUUCCACUCGGUCUCAGGGAAGACAGUCUGGCCAAGCACGCUCCGAGGAUACAAGAAAGCUCAAAGAUCUGAGCAAGUCAUUUUUGCCUGAAAAUGAUCAGUUCCAGUCAGCGCAGCCAGAGGCGGCUGACCUGCAAGGCUCCACCAACACAGCAUCAGGACCGAAGGACAAAGAGACCAUCAAGACAGAGAAAGAACAGAAGGAAAGGGCCAAAAAAAAUGAUUGGACCUGGGAUAUGUCUGCACUCGAACAAUUGGAAAACCUAGAGUCACAAGAGCAGGAGCAGUCACAGAAGCCGACCAAGCGCCGCGAUGGGCGCAAGGGACGUCAAGCGGCACCCGAAGCAGCAGAAGAGUUCGACUCGGAAGAACGCCAACGUCUUCGUGAAGAGCGGAGACGGCAGCAAAAAGAAAAGGCCGCCAAAAAGGCUGCGAAGAAAGCUGCUAAGGAUGCCCCAGCGCCUCUUUAUCUGCCUGAGUUCAUCAGCGUCAGCAACUUGGCUGAUGUUAUUGGUGUACGGCCGGCGCAGUUUGUUGCGCGCAUGGAAGACAUGGGAUUCGAGGAUAUUACAUACAAAGAUGUCCUUGACGCAGAGACCGCUGGGCUGGUGGCUGCUGAGUUUAACUUCGAGGCCAUCUUUGAUACCGGCUCAGAUGAUCUCAAGGCUGCGCCUCUGCCAGAGGAUACAUCUGAUUUGCCAACUCGUCCUCCUGUGGUUACCAUCAUGGGCCAUGUUGAUCAUGGUAAAACCACUAUCUUGGAUUGGCUGCGCAAGUCAUCCGUGGCAGCAUCUGAGCAUGGUGGUAUUACGCAACAUAUUGGUGCAUUCUCUGUUAUGAUGCCUUCCGGAAAGGCCAUCACCUUCCUAGAUACCCCUGGUCACUCUGCGUUCUUGGAGAUGCGCCGCCGUGGUGCUGAUGUCACUGAUAUUGUAGUACUUGUCGUGGCCGCAGACGACAGCGUCAAGCCCCAAACCAUUGAGGCCAUCAAGCACGCCACCCAGGCUAAUGUGCCCAUCAUUGUCGCCAUGAGCAAGAUUGACAAGGAGGGCAAGAAUACCGACCGAGUCAAGGGUGAUCUCUCCGCCAAUGGUGUCCACGUGGAAGACUAUGGUGGUGACGUUCAGGCUAUUGGUGUCAGCGGUAGGACCGGAGAAGGAAUGGUUGAGCUCGAAGAAGCCAUUGUGGCACUUUCGGAAAUGCUCGACCACCGUGCAGACAUUAAUGGCAAUGCUGAGGGCUGGGUUCUCGAAGCCACAACUAAGAGUCAUGGUCGUGUAGCCUCCGUUCUCAUUCGCCGUGGAACUUUACGACCCGGAGAUGUCAUUGUUGCCGGUACCACAUGGGCACGCGUUCGCACUCUCCGUAACGAAGCCGAUGUACCCAUCAGUGAAGCCACACCCGGAAUGCCGGUUGAGGUCGACGGCUGGAGAGACCAGCCAGGCGCUGGUACCGAGCUCAUCCAGGCUGACACCGAACAAAAAGCCAAGGAUGUCGUGAAUCACCGGUUGAACAAAUCCGAUACCCAGAAGAUGGGUGAGGAUAUGGUUGCCAUCAACGAGAGCCGAAAGGCACUUCUUGAGAAGCGCAGACUCGAGGACGAAGAUGAGGAAUCAACUUCCAGGCCCGAGGAACCAACCGGCCCCAAAGCUGUGCAUUUCAUUCUGAAGGCCGACGUGGAUGGCUCAGCGGAAGCUGUGAUGAACUCCAUUGCGGCAAUUGGCAACAAUGAAGUCUACGCCAACAUUCUUCGGUCGGGUGUGGGCCCUAUCAGUGAAUUCGAUAUCGAACAUGCUGCCAGUGCUAAGGGCAAGCUCAUUUGCUUCAACCAGCCCAUUGAUCCCAACAUAAUGCGCAUUGCAGAGAACGAGGGAGUUGAGAUCAUGGACCACAACAUCAUCUACAAGUUGAUUGAUGAUGUGAAGGCCACUCUCAGCGAGCAGCUACCUCCAUCGGUUACUACCCGUGUGACUGGAGAGGCUGAGGUUCAGCAAAUCUUCCAAAUCACUGUCAAGGGACGCGACAAGGCAGCUAUUGCUGGAACUCGUGUUCGUAACGGUUUGAUUAACCGAGCCCGCAAGGUCAGGGUUCUCCGCGGUGAUGAGACCGUUUAUGAUGGCACCAUUGUUUCCCUCAAGCACGCCAAGAAGGACGUCACCGAGAUGCGCAAGGAUACAGAGUGCGGUAUCGGAUUCGAAGACUGGUCUGACUUCCAAGUGGGUGACCACGUCCAAUGCUAUGAAGAGAUCUUCGAGAAGAGAUAUCUGUGA